AAAGACUUGAGAAAAAGAAGGGAAUUUCAUGGUGGGAUCUGCAAUCACUUCGACGUAGGCACAACCUCCAGUUCACUAUCGACUGCUCGGCGAAGAGGACGACGACAGCUAAUUAAUUAUCACUAAUUAGACAUCGGUAAUUAGGAGAAAAAACAGCUGUUGGUGUCCUAUUGACUGACCAAAAAUCGUCCUAAAAAUGCCACAAAAGGGCCCUCUCCUCCUCGUCGCCCUCAUUAUCAUAAUUAAUACUGUCAAUGGAUUUCCGGAUGGAGCUCCGGUCGACGCAUGCGUCAAGGAACGCCCCAAUCAGCCCUAUCAUGCCCAGAUAAAGCCUCAGCCAACAGGAACGAGUCCUUAUCAAAUCGUUCAAUCGGUUCAUCAAUAUUCACCUGGCACACAAGUCACCGUGAGUCUUCGGGGUGGGAGUUACUUCAAGGGCUUCUUCAUCCAGGCAAGGGACACCAAGACCAACAAGUGGAUUGGAACCUUUGCUCAUACCCCGAAUACCAAAGUUCAUGAUGAGUGCAGUGCGGUAACUCAUGCGGAUCCUAAGGAGAAGGAAGAGGCUGAGCUGAUCUGGAGGGCACCAUCCACCGGUCAAGGUCAAGUGUAUUUCACUGGAAGUUUGUUAAAGGAAUACGAUAUAUUCUGGGCCGAUCUUGUCUCCCAGUGAUGUCAACAGACGUAUGAGAAGGAUCUUCCAGUCACCCCCAUCAAAAUGUUACAUCUGCAAUUAGUCGAGUGGAAGGGGCCAGAGAAUAUCUUAAUGACUUUUCAAAUUAGUAAUUAACAAAAAAUCUAUUUUUUAUCGUUAAUAUUUUUGUUUAACAUCUAUAUAUAUCAUUUUAGGUGCGUAAUAAAGUUACGAAUAUGGUAA